AAUUAGUCUUAAUUUUAAAACCGUGCCGACUUCUUCACACAUCCAGAACUCACUGAGAGCUCAACUUCCGCUAGAAUAACAGAUAGAUCUACUGUAAAUCGCGCAGUAUGUCCGACUAUACGGACUUUGAAGAACUGGUCAACGGCAAUUUUUUGGAUCACAAUGAGAGCUACCUUUUUAAUUACACGUAUGAAGAAGGGGCCAUGUGCAACGGAGAUAACACGUACUUAAGAAGUAUUUUCUUCCCGUGUGUGUACUCGCUCCUGUUCGUGCUGGGAAUCGUUGGGAAUGGCCUGGUUGUGGUCAUUAUGGGUUACCAGCGAAGGUACCGCACCAUGACCGACAAGUACAGGCUACACCUGUCCGUGGCCGACCUGCUCUUCGUUCUGACCCUACCUUUCUGGUCCAUCGACGCCAGCCACAACUGGUAUUUUGGAGACGCGCUGUGUAAGAUCAUUCACAUCAUUUACACCGUGAACUUAUACAGCAGUGUUUUAAUUCUGGCCUUCAUUAGUCUAGACCGCUACUAUGCGGUCGUGCAUGCAACCAAUAGUACCGGCCCACGGAAGAUGUUGGUUAAUCGCUUAGUCUAUGUGGGCGUCUGGUUACCAGCUAUUCUUCUCACUGUGCCCGAUAUGGUAUUUGCGAAAACUAGAAAUCUCAUCGACAAAAUUGUGUGCGAGCGCAUUUACCCACAGGAAAGUUACCAGUCUUGGCUGAUCGCGUUCCGAAUCCAAGGGAUAGCGGUGGGAUUCGUUCUCCCGGGUCUGGUCAUCCUGGUGUGUUACUGCAUUAUUAUCUCCAGACUCUCCCAUUCCACUGGCUUUCAAAAGCGCAAAGCCCUAAAAAUCACCAUCAUCCUGAUCGUCACUUUCUUCAUCUGCUGGCUUCCCUAUUACAUCGUCAUCUCCAUUGACACCGUGAUGCUUAUGAAAGGCAGCGAGUAUUCCUGCAGUAUGGAGCAGAUUGUGUACACCUCGAUGGCGAUCACUGAAGCCAUCGCCUUCUUCCACUGUUGUCUGAAUCCCAUUCUGUACGCUUUUGUCGGCGUGAACUUCAAAAGUUACACCCGUAGAGUCUUUAGUCACUCCGAACACACCAGAUGCUCUUCAAUGAAAAAACUUCAAGGAAGAGACAGAAGAGGGACCCACCCAUCAGUUUCUACCGAGUCAGAAUCAUCCAGUCUUCAGUCCAGUUGUUAGAUUAUUUGGUGUGAAGUCAAAGAACACUGCAUUAAUUCCAAGUUUAUUGUGUGUGUGUCGAUUUUUACAUGUCUUUCCAUUAUUUUAAUGUCGCAGUUGCUAUUUAUACAAAAGCAACUCACACAAAAUGCUGAAGAAACUGAGCAGGUCAGGUAGGAUCCAUGAAAAUGAAUAAACAGUCAGCCCAAAACGUCGACUUUAUUACUUUCCAUAGGUGCUUCCUGAGCUGCUGGGGUCCUCCAGCAUUUUGUGUGUGUUGCUCUGGAUUUCCAGUAUCUGCAGGGUCUCUUAUGUUUAUUAUUUAUACAAAGGGUUAUUUAUGUCUCCAAUUCCGUUUUGCCUUUUUUGAAGAAUAAUUUUUAUUCUAUUUUGUUUCAUUGGAUUUUUGCUCGCUUCUCCAUGCUUUUAAAAAGAGUGAAACUUUGCGAAAUUGCUACAAGUGUAAAUAAAGCUUGCUAUUGUGUAAGAUUGUUACAUGAUUUUUGCUUCCUGAAGUUGUAAACUGUUAUGGAUUUUGAUGUAACUGAGGUCAAAUGAGUUGUUUGUAACCUGCAUGAACUGCUGAUUUGAAUCUUGGUCAAGAUUAUUUGUAUUUGUAUCAGAGCUCCCUGAAAAUGGAUCUGAGACUCUGAAACAUAAAAUAUAAAUAAAUUUUUAUUU